AUGGCCACUGUCCGGGAGUGGUCCUGUGCUCGCUGCACCUUCCUGAACCCAGCUGGUCAGCGCCAGUGCUCCAUCUGUGAGGCCCCCCGGCAGAAGCCUGACCUCGAACAGAUCCUGAGGCUCAGCGUAGAGGAGCAGAAAUGGCCCUGCGCCCGCUGCACCUUCCGGAACUUUCUGGGCAAGGAGGCCUGCGAGGUGUGCGGCUUCACCCCAGACCCUGCACCUGGGGCCCCUCUGGCCCCCACCAUCAAUGGGGCCCUACCACCACCUCCUGCUGUUUUGGCCGAGCCUAGGGGCAGCUGCCAGGAGGAAGCAGGGUCUAUGAGGACGGCGGGGCAGGAGACCACAGAGCCAGCGGGGGGACGAACCGAGGAGGUGACCACAGAGCCAGGGGGCUGGGCUUGCCCACGCUGCACACUGCACAAUACCCCUGUGGCCAGCUCCUGCUCUGCCUGCGGGGGUCCCCGCAGACUCUCCCUUCCCAGGAUCCCACCUGAGGCACUGGUAGUACCCGAGGUUGUGGCCCCUGCUGGUUUCCACACUGGGCCUCCCCCACCCCCACCAAGCCUACCUGGGGAUGGCCCCGAGGCUACCCCUGUUCCAGCUGGCCAAGGUGUGACCACAGUCGACCAGGAGCCCCCACACCUCGUCCCCUUCAGCCCCUUCUCACCACCUCUUCAGAACAACCCUGUUCCCCGGAGCCGCCGGGAAGUGCCCCCCCAGCCACAGCCGCCAGUGCCUGAGGCUGCCCAGCCUUUGCCUAGCCCAAAAGCACCACCGUGUCUGGGGCGGGCAGGGUCUGGUGCCCCCCGCCUGGUGGAGCUGCUGUCAGGCCCCCGGUUGAGUGUGCUGGAGGAAGCAACUGAGGGCAGCCCAGUCCCUGGGGAGGGCUGUGGUCCCUCUCCAGGUGACACCAUCGACUUGGCUGGUGACUCCGUGCGCUUCACACCCGCCAGCCCCUCCAGCCCAGACUUCAGCACCUGGUCAUGUGCCCAGUGCACACUGCGCAACCCCACGGCAGCUGCCCGCUGCUCUGUCUGUGGCUGCUCCAAGCUGCACGGCUUUCAGGAGCAUGGUGAGGCUCCUGGCCGCUGCCCUGACUGCAGUGCUGACCGGCCAGGGCUCUGCAGCUGUGGCCGAGCCCCCUCGGCUCGCAAGGCCAUCCGCCUUCUGCCCCCCACACCCACCGAGCGCCCAGCCCAGUGGGCCUGCCCUGCCUGCACCCUGCUCAACACACCCCGCGCCCGACACUGUGCCGCCUGCCACACGCCACAGCUGCCCGAGGCCCCACGCCAUGGAGCUGCUACCCUGCGACGCCGGGAGAGCGUGCUGGUGGAGAAGCGGCGUCUGACCGAUGAGGGCCAGGCCAAGGCCUUAUGGGAGCACAUAGUAGCCUUCUGCCGGGAGAACGGUGUGAACUUUGUAGACGACAGCUUCCCGCCCGGGCCCUCAUCCGUGGGCUUCCCCGAGGGGGACGGUGUCCAGCAGCGUGUGCGGCAGUGGCUGCGGCCCCAUGAGAUCAACUGCUCUGUGUUCAAGGACCCUGCAAGUGUGCCCUGGAGUGUGUUCUGCAGGCUGCGGCCCUCGGACAUCCUGCAAGGGCUCUUAGGGAACUGCUGGUUCCUCAGUGCCCUGGCGGUGCUGGCCGAGCGUCCAGACCUGGUGGAAAGAGUCAUGGUCACCCGAGACCUGUGUCCUGAGGGUGCCUACCAGGUGCGGCUGUGCAAGGAUGGCACAUGGACCACAGUGCUGGUGGACGACAUGCUGCCCUGUGACGAAGGCGGCUAUCUGCUCUUCUCACAGGCCCAGCGGAAGCAGCUUUGGGUGGCACUCAUCGAGAAGGCGCUGGCAAAGUUGCACGGCUCCUACUUCGCGUUGCAGGCAGGCCGGGCCAUCGAGGGCCUGGCCACCCUCACAGGGGCGCCCUGUGAGAGCCUCCUGCUGCAGGUCAGCUCCACCAAUCCUAGAGAGGAGCCUGUGGACACUGACCUCAUCUGGGCCAAGAUGCUAAGCUCCAAGGAGGCAGGGUUCCUCAUGGGUGCCUCUUGCGGCGGGGGCAACAUGAAGGUGGAUGACGCAGCCUAUGAGAGCCUGGGCCUGCGCCCCCGUCACGCCUAUUCCAUCCUGGACGUCAGGGAUGUGCAGGGCUCCAGGCUCCUGCGGCUCCGGAACCCAUGGGGCCGCUUCUCCUGGAAUGGCAGCUGGUCAGACGAAUGGCCCCACUGGCCAGGGCACUUGCGUGGAGAGUUGGUUCCACUGGGCAGUGGUGAGGGCGUUUUCUGGAUGGAGUACAGUGACUUCAUCAGGUACUUUGACUCAGUGGACAUCUGCAAGGCACGCUCGGACUGGCAGGAGGUGCGGGUGCAAGGCUGUUUCCCGCGCUCAGCCAGCGGACCUGUGGGUGUCACUGCGUUAACUGUGCUGGAGCGAGCCUCGCUGGACUUUGCCCUCUUUCAGGAGGGAAGCAGGCGCUCAGAUGCGGGGGACAGCCACUUGCUGGACCUGUGCAUCUUGGUGUUCCGGGCCACCUUUGGCAACGGUGGCCGCCUGAGCCUGGGCCGCCUUUUGGCCCACAGCAAGCGGGCGGUCAAGAAGUUUGUCAACUGUGACGUCAUGCUGGAGCCGGGAGAGUAUGCCGUGGUGUGCUGUGCCUUCAACCACUGGGCUACCAACCCCACGGCCUCACAGGCCCCCAGCCCAUCAACAGGGAGUCCACGCUGCACCCCAGAGCCACCUGGCCAUGUGCUGGCUGUCUACAGCUCAAGGCUGGUGAUGGUGGAGCCGGUGGAAGCCCAGCCUACCACACUGGCCGACGCCAUCAUCCUGCUGACUGAGAGCCGCGGUGAGCGUCACGAGGGCCGAGAGGGCAUGACCUGCUACUACCUGACCCACGGCUGGGCGGGCCUCAUCGUGGUGGUGGAGAAUCGGCACCCCAAGUCCUACCUGCAUGUGCAGUGUGACUGCACCGACAGCUUCAACGUGGUGUCCACGCGCGGCAGCCUGCGCACACAGGAUAGCGUGCCACCCCUGCACAGGCAGGUCCUGGUGAUCCUGUCCCAGCUGGAAGGAAACGCUGGCUUCUCCAUCACACACCGACUCGCCCACCGCAAAGCAGCCCAGGCCUUCCUCAGUGACUGGACAGCCACCAAAGGCACCCACAGCCCCCCACUCACACCCGAGGUCGCUGGACUGCAUGGGCCUCGGCCACUCUGA